GUUCCUAGGGACGCGGGGGGCCGGCCGGGGGCGAGGGCCGGGCGCGCCGCUGAUGGCUGCUCGGCAAGGGAUGCCCACCUCGAGGGUUCUGGAAGAAGCGUUGGGCUUGGGCUCGUCGGCUGCCGGGGACGCCGCGGACGCGCUGGCUGCCGAGGGCGCCUACUACCUGGAGCAGGUCACCAUAACUGAAAGAUCUGAAGAUGAUUAUGAAUAUAAAGAGAUACCAGAUGACAAUGUUAGCAUUCCAGAAGGUGAAGAAGAUCUGGCAAAAGUGAUUCAGAUUGCCCAAGAACAGGCUACAGAUACUCAAAUUUUGGAGCAGAAAACAGUCCUUCCUUCAAAGCAUGCAGUACCUGAAGCAAUAGAAGACUUUCUCUGCAAUUUCCUCAUCAAAAUGGGAAUGACCAGAACUCUCGAUUGCUUUCAGUCUGAAUGGUAUGAGUUAAUACAGAAGGGAGUAACUGAACUUAGAGAUGUUGGGAAUGUUCCAGAUGUCUACACUCAGAAUUUGCUUUUAGAAAAUGAGAACAAAAAUUUGAAAAAAGACUUGAAGCACUACAAACAGGCAGCUGACAAAGCUAGGGAAGAUCUGCUGAAAACUCAGAAAGAACGUGAUUUUCAUCGAAUGCACCACAAACGAGUAGUCCAGGAAAGAAACAAAUUAAUUAACGACCUCAAAGGGUUGAAGUUACACUAUGCAUCUUAUGAACCAACUAUAAGAGUGUUACAUGAGAAGCACCGUACUUUACUGAAGCAGAAAAUGCUGACCUCCUUGGAAAGAGACAGAGCAGUUGGCCAGAUUUCUGGACUUGAAGCAACACUGAGGGAUAUGGAAUUAGGGCAUAGUUACCAUGUUCCUGAAAUUAGAGUUGCUCCUAAUUGUGGAAAGGAAAAUGCAGCAGAAGGGCCUACUCAAAAAGGUCUUCGUGAAGCCAGGGAACGAAACAAACAUAAAACAAAGAUUAAAGAUAAUGUAAAGGAUUCAGAAUUUCCCUCAGAUACACAACCAAAUCCAAAUCUUUGUUUAUGUAAAGAAAAUAUUGAUCCAGCAAAAUUUGACUACAAGCUGAAUAACAUAUUUCGACUUCAUGAACUUCCAGUGAGCUGUGUCAUCAUGCACCCCAGCAAAGAUACCCUAGUCUCCUGUGGGGAGGACCGCCUCUGGAAGGUGGUGGGGCUCCCCAAAGGCAACGUGCUUCUCACAGGAUUCGGUCACACUGACUGGCUUUCCGAUUGCUGCUUCCAUCCCAGUGGCAACCAGUUGGCUACUUCAAGUGGUGACACUACAGUUAAAUUAUGGGACCUGUCCAAAGGCAAUUGCAUUUUAACCUUUGAAGGACACAAACACGCAGUGUGGUCCUGCACGUGGCACUCUUGUGGUGAUUUUGUGGCAUCUUCCUCACUGGACAGAACUAGUAAAAUCUGGGAUGUUAACAGUGAAAGAUGCAGGUGUACUUUGUAUGGACACACAGAUUCCGUAAACAGCAUUGAGUUUUUUCCUUGCUCCAACAUUCUUCUCACAGGCUCAGCAGAUAAGACCCUGUCUGUGUGGGAUGCAAGAACGGGUAAAUGUGAGCAGUCACUUUAUGGUCAUAUGCAUUCCAUCAACGAUGCCACCUUCACACCAAGGGGUCACAUGAUAGCAUCCUGUGAUGCUUGUGGAGUAACAAAACUGUGGGACUUCCGGAAGCUCUUACCAAUUGUGUCCAUUGAUGUGGGUCCAAGUCCUAGCAAUGAGGUGAACUUUGAUCCAUCAGGUCGAGUUUUAGCUCAGGCGAGUGGCAAUGGAGUUAUCCAUUUGUUGGAUCUUAAAUCAGGGCAGAUUCACAAACUGAUGGGCCACGAGAGUGAGGCUCACACAGUAGUAUUUUCUUACAACGGAGAGAAUCUGUUUUCCGGAGGCUCUGACGGCACCAUUCGAACGUGGUCUUGACUGUCAGCAUAUCCCACUGCGCAGGGCAUUCCCUUUAAAGCUGGAAAAUGUCUCAUGUAGUCCCAAACCAGUAAAUAUCUGGUUAAAUAUGCCAGCAGGAAACAUUUAUAAUUUGCUUUAGAACAUCCUUUGCACAUACCUUUUAGUGUCCGUACCAUUACCAAUAAAA